AUGACGGAUCUCAUGGCAGAGUACGUUCCUGUUGCGCGACUUGCAAGGAAUGUCGAGAAAGGAGACAAUGGAGUUGUUUGUCAUACUCUGGAGCAAUACCAGCAAGACAUGGCCUAUGUCGAGAUGAAGUUGGCCGAUAUGGUGGCCGCUGGGAUGGACUUGAAGACUGAAGCCAACAAGAAGCUCAUCGAAAUCAACAAAGACCGAAGAAUUCGUGGGUAUCCUCCCAUGAAAGAAUGGGUGUAUGGCAAUGACAUGCAUGGCAUUCUUUGGGUUCGAUAUCUGUUGGAGGAUGGUACUCGCAGUAUGUUGCCGUAUGAGAAUGACGAUAUUGACAUGUUCAUCAUGCAACAUCUGUUCAUGUUGAAGCUGCUGCUUCCAAACCCCUUCGAGGAAGCUCACAAGACCACUCACUCUGCGAGAUCUGGUGUUACAACGAAGAUGCGUACAUCCGUCGGUACCAUCGUUGGUUGGGAGACGCCUGGUGAUGUGUACGACACUGACCAAACCAACCACACGGCGGAUGACGAAGAUGACCUUGUUGGCCUGGAGCCCGAAGAACCCUUGGAAGAACCGGUGGAAGAACCAGUGGAAGAACCAGUGGAUGAACCAGUGGAUGAACCAGUGGCCGUGGCAGAAGAAACUGGCCCAGGUUCUCCUUCCCCUUCUACUGGUUCCGUGGUGAUUGAUGAAAUCUUGAAGCGUCCGGUAGAUUGGGUGUUCUCGCAGAUUGCAUCGGACGAGGACCUUCCCAACAGUUCGCCCAUUUCUCAGAAGACCGACAGUUCCCAGAAGACCAACAGCUCCACCACUGCCGAUUUGUCUAACUCCAACACCGAGGAGGAGGACACCGAGGAGGAAGAGAGCCCAUGCAAGAAGCAGAAGACAAGCGGUGAAGACGAAGAAGUCACUACGAUCAAUGGCAAUGAAGAAGGGGCCGAUGAAGACAGCAGCGACAGUGACGGAGAUAAUGAAAACAGCAUCCCAAGUGGUAUUGAGAUCUUGGCCACCGGUAGCUUCUCGUAUUAG